AUGGCAGAACAACCAGAAAAUCUUUUCGAAUCUAAAACCUCAGCCCUUGUAUCAUCCAACACUUCAUCCUCUACAGAAAAUACAUUCGAUGUCUGCCUAACCAAAUCUCAACUCGAAGCCCUACACAAGAUACUUGAAACACCUACUGCUCAUGGAUCCUUGGCUAUUCAAGGUACUACUUUUAAUAUUACUUCGGAUUCAACUAAUCAAUCCGCUUGGAUCCUGGAUUCAGGUGCCUCCGACCACAUGACAGUUAGUAAACUAAUUGAGGAUAAUGAUGCUCUUGUUGAAUUUUCUGCUCGUGGUUGUGUUAUACAGGAACAGAAAUCGGGGAAGAUGAUUGACACUGCUAAGGUCGAUGAUGGACUCUACAUAUGGAAUAAAGACAAUAAGAAAGGAAGUUUGGCGUUAUCUGCUUCUCAUGCGGACACAAUUAUGCUGUGGCACCAAAGGCAUCAUUACUCUCCUGAAACUGACAUAGCAGUUCCAAAUUCAUCUCCAACCAUCGACUGUUCUACAACAGAGGUAACCCCUGAUUCUCCAUCUAUUGAUCUCCCAAUUGCUAUUCGAAAAGGUGUAAGGACCUGCACCCAACACCCUAUCUCUCAGCACAAGGCUCGACUUGUGGCAAAGGGAUUCACUCAGACAUAUGGGCUCGACUAUGAUGAGACCUUUGCUCCUGUUUCCAAACUUAAUACUAUUCGGGUUCUUCUAUCACUUGCUGCAAAUCUUGAUUGGCCUUUGACUCAGUUGGAUGUUAAAAACUCCUUCCUAAAUGGUGAAUUGGCCGAGGAAGUGUAUAUGGACUUUCCACCAGGAUUCGAAGAAGAAAAAAGUUGGGUAUGCAGAUGCCUAAAAGAGUUCCUUAGCAAUGAAUUUGAGCUUAAGGACUUGGGAAAUCUAAAAUACUUCCUUGGAAUGGAAGUAGCAAGGUCUCGAACAGGUUGCAGACCUGCAGAGACCCUGAUGGAAUUCAAUUUGAAACUUGGAAAUAAUGAAGAUGGAGAGGAAGUAGACAGGGGGAGAUAUCAACGACUUAUGGGAAAACUUAUAUCUAUCCCACACUCGUCCUGA